AUGGCCCCCAAUCUCUUCCUCUGUGCGCGCAUGAUCUUCUGCCCAGUUUACUGGUUCCAGAAGGGGGAUCGCGACAGUGACCUCAAAGAGCAACACUGGCAAUCUCCCGUUCCGGGCACCUACAAGUUCCUCCCGGGUCGCGGCUGGCAUCUCGUCCACCGGGAUGGACAGGACAACGAAGAAAAAGUCCCCGCCGCGCUCGUCUACUGCCGCAUCCUCCAUCGGUACAUGUUUGAAAGCGAGUUAGAAGAGCGCUGCCGCUGGUUCGACGCCCCGUUGCACAAAGGUGGCCGCCCGGAGAAGCUGCGCUUCUUCCUCCUUGACGACGGCAUCCACUGGGUCGCUGGCUGGGAUGCCCAGGGCAACUUCAUCCCGGGUCCAUACCCCAAGUGGUGGCUCGAUGAAGAUGGCCACACCAUGCGCCGUGGUGCUUCUCCUCCCACCAGUGCCAACGUCUCUCGCUGCAGCAGUAUUAUCGCUGGCAAAUUCGACUAA